AUGAACGAAGGGCGGGAUCGGCCGACGGAGAGUUUGCUCAAUAUUGUUCGCGCCCAAAUAUCAUUCUUAUUGUCUAGCUUAAGCGAUGAGAACUUUGAAAGGUUUCAAACAGAGAUUCGAUCGUUGUGUGACCAGCACGGACCCGAGUCAUAUGUGGGACUUUUGAGACGAUUGAUAGGAACGUGUUACCCGCGUAUGGGGGGUGGAGAUGGGGGAGUAGUCCAACGACUGCUUGUACAGGAGAUGCAGCGUAUGGGGCGAGAUCCGUUCUUAGCAGACAGACUCAAAGACACUCUGGAACGCGGCGAUGGCGAAGUGUUCCGCACCAUGGAGCUCGAGAAACUGCUGGAGAGAGUCCCUCUGCGCCCACUCGAACGCCUUGUUAUUGCCUCGGUAUUUGUCACCAGCUCCCGCCCCGACUUGUCCUCUUCCGCAGCCCAGAUCGUACACGCAGACUUGGAAAACGCCGUACUGGCGCUUGUUGCUCGACCUUCCUUCGACACCACCGACAUGAGUCUCAGCCAGGCUGCCAAGUUGCUUGCCAAUCUGCUCUCCGACCCCCCGCCCGACGCGCCCGUUCUCGAUCCAUCCGAGCGCGUUGCCCUCCUUACUGCCGCCCAGGCCAAGUACGGUCCUGAUCUUGCACCAGUGUUGCGCACGGUCUUUCCGACCCUGUCGCUUCCUCCUGGCACAUCGCUCGUCCAGACUCUGCUCCAGCUUGGGCCGGAUAUCACCUCUGACCACGAGACCGUAAGGGCACUACUUGCCCGUUUCGGCAUCACCGACCAAAAUCCACCUCGCGACGCUCAAGUUGUCGAAAUUAUAUCUACUCUGGUUCGGUGCGCAGCCGAGGGGAAGCCCCUCUGCGAUGUGGGCGCACUCGUGCGUGCCCUGUCCAGUUUUCCCACUCCGAUCCACUGGGCUACCGCCGUGCUUGCGUUCGAUAGACUCGAUCGCCCGGGCGUCGACACCGCAACGCUCAAGCUUCUCAUCGCCAUCCUACUCAACUCGCCUCGCGACGUUCCGGACGUCCCACACGCUGUCACCGGCUUUUGGGCAUCCUGGACCAACCCGCUCUGGCAACUCCGUCUCCUCGACGCGUUGCUCUCCUUGCCCAACGAUACAUUUAACUUUGUUACGUUGCCAGGUCGCCGGAUCGUUACUGUCGAUGACGUAGCCGGUGCUAGUCCCACGAUCAAAGCUCUCGCCGCCAACGUCCAGAGCCAUACCUGGAAUGAGUUGAUGUUGAUCGAGACGCUUACAAGGCUUGGAGACGAAGGUACCCCUGAUGUUCAAGCCUAUGUUCGGGAGAUGAUGGACAAGGCGGUCAAGAUUAGUGCGGAGCUUGUGUACAUGGGUUUGCUACAAGUUUCGAAACCCUGGAACCGGACGCAGCAAGAGUACUCGUCCAAGCUUUUGACCAUGUUUUUGAACGGCCACCCGAACCACCAGCUAGUCUUUAUGCGCAUUUGGCAGAUCGAGCCUACUUACUUGACUAAAGCCUUUGGCGAGUAUUAUGCGGACAAUGCGUUGAACAUUACAAGGAUAUUGGACGUUGCUCAAGAUCUCAAGAUCCUCGAUUCGCUCCUCGAUGUCAGGCCAUUCGAGUUUGCGCUUGAUGUGGCCGCGUUGGCGUCCCGCCGAGAAUACCUCAACCUCGACAAAUGGCUAGCGGACAAUAUCACUACCCACGGACCCGAGUUUGUGCACGCUGUGAUUGCGUUCUUGGAAUCUAAGGUUAAGGGCGAGAUUGCGCGUAAUGCGAGCGGGAGUGAUCAGCCUCCUGAAAGUCGGACGAUGCCCCUAAAUCCACAGACGAUUGCAAUUUUCAUUCGUGUACUUAAGAACAGUGGGACGGCGCUCACGCCCGAAGAUGCAGAAUAUUUUAUUGAGAUUCGCAACCAAUGUCUCCAGCUUCACCCACGUCUGAUGAACCUUACUCCAGGGAGCGACGCCGAACCAGGCGUAGCGGUUGUCUCCUUCUCCCCCGAAGUCGAACAAGAAGUGGAAAAUAUUUACAAGGAAAUGUACGAAGACAAGAUCUCGAUCGACCAAAUGGUUCAGCUCCUCCAACAAUCCAAGGCCUCGUCUAAACCGCGUGAUCAUGAAGUUUUUGCAUGCACCCUGCACACCCUAUUCGACGAAUAUCGCUUUUUCGCACGGUAUUAUCCCGCUCGGGAACUUCAAAUGACUGGAUACCUGUUCGGGUCGUUGAUCAAAUAUCAGCUCGUGGAUUACAUCCCACUCGGAAUUGCGAUUCGAUAUGUCCUCGACGCGGUCCGCGCACCACCCGAUUCGAAUAUGUUCACGUUUGGAGUCAACGCCUUGACCCAGUUCAAGAAUCGAUUGUGGGAGUGGAAGCCUCUGUGCCACGCCCUGCUCGGAAUCCCGCAUUUGCAAGAAGUUCGCCCAGAUCUGGUCGAUGCUGCGCGCAAGGGACUUGCAGCCGAAGGACCCGAACCCGAGGAGCAAGAGAAAGAACCCGACGAACUCGAGGUCGUAGCGUUUACAGCUCUUCGUCCGGACACGUUGACCGAAUCCGAUGCGCUUGUGGAGCCUCCCGAGGACGUAUCGGACAAGAUCAUGUUCAUCGUUAAUAACCUUGCGCCGAGCAACUUUGAGGCCAAGUUGGACGAGAUGAAGGCCAAGUUUGGUACUGAACAUUCCAGAUGGUUUGCGCGGUACUUGGUUGACCAGCGCGUCAGUCUCGAGGCGAACAAUCAAGGGCUGUAUAUGCGUCUUUUGGAGGGGCUCGUUCAAGAACCAGAUCAAGAGCAGGGAUCGGGUUUGGAAAAGGCUCCAUUGGGGCGAUAUGUGCUCCACGAGACAUACGUUCGCGCCGCCCAGUUGCUCAAUGCCGAAAAGACGAUUUCGUCAUCUUCGGAGCGGAGGGUGCUCAAGAAUCUUGCAAGCUGGUUGGGCCAGUUGACCCUAGCGCGCAACAAACCAAUCUUGCACCGCAACUUGUCUUUCAAGGACUUGUUGCUUGAGGGAUUCGACACGGACCGACUGAUUGUCGCUAUUCCUUUUAUCUGCGCCAUCCUCGAACAAUGCUCCCGCUCGCGCAUCUUCCGACCUCCCAACCCAUGGCUUAUGGCUGUCCUCGCGCUCCUCGCCGAAUUCUACCACUUUGCCGAGCUCAAGUUGAACCUCAAAUUCGAGAUCGAGGUCCUAUGCAAAGCGCUCGAUAUAGAUUUAGACAAGGUUGAAGCGGCUGGAAUCCUCCGUGCCCGCGUGUCAGCGCAAGGCAUGGGCGCCGACAGCGGUUUGCCCGACUUUGUCCAAGAGGGGGACACAUUUGGGUUCGAGCAAUCGGGCACGACGACGUCUGGCGGACCGGCUCAACAACCCGCGGACGCGGUUCAGAGUUUGGGUGGAGCCGGGGGAGGAAUGACUGCGCAGAUCGAGGCGAUCGUGGCUAAUUUGGGUGCGAUGGUGGUUGUUAGCCCUGCUGUAGGGUAUGCGAAUCAUCCGGGCUUCAAGAGGGCCGUGCAAGUUGCUAUUGAGGGUGCUGUUCGGGAGAUUAUUUUGCCAGUUGUGGACCGUUCGGUGACUAUCGCGUCCAUCUCGACCAAGGAGCUUGUGGCCAAGGACUAUGCGCUCGAGGCGGAUGAAAUUAAGAUCCGCAAGGCCGCUCAACAGAUGGUCCAAAAUCUCGCUGGUAGCUUGGCCUUGGUGACCUGCAAGGAGCCGUUGAAGAAUAACAUGGCGUUGCACAUGAGACAGGUAUUGACCGAGGUUGGGUUUAGCGAAUUGAUGGUACCCGAACAAAUCAUUUUGCGUGUCGUGUCCGAUAAUGUGGAUAUGGCUUGCACGGCAAUUGAGCGUGCCGCGAUGGACCGCGCAGUGACCGUGAUCGACGAGACGUUUGCGGCGUCAUACGAACUUCGUCGGAGGCAUAGCGAGUCACGUCCAAAUCAACCGUUCUGGGAUCCGAAUAUGCCAGUCAUGCACUACCAGCAGAGUCUACCCGACCCGUUGCGCAUCAAACCCACUGGCCUCGUCAACAGCCAAACGCGGGUGUACGACGACUUUUCGCAGCCUCGCCGUGUGGAACAAAAACGCGUGCUCAUGCCCCGUACCGUAUCGUACAACCGUCAAGAUAUGAUGAGCGGGCCGAAUGUUAAUACAGGUGCACCCGGAAACUUCAAUAACCCUUCGCCCGCUCCUUCGACUCAGAGCCAGGGACCUGGACCGGCCAUAGGUAUCCAGCAGCCGCAGAUGACUCAGGCAGUCAUGCCCGAACGUGUAAUGGAGCGGUUUGUGUCAUUGAUCAACGAACUCGAGUCGCUCUUCCUCAUGGCCUCGGCUCAACACGGUGGCGAAGCCCUUCAAUCAAGCCAAGAAAUCCGCAUAUACAUUCGCCAAGUUUUGUACCUGGCGCAGCAGUCGACGGAUCGUGAAGAAACUGCGUUGGCAUUCUCGCAAAAGAUUGUGCAGCUGUUGUACAAGAGCACGACCCCGCUCGCACGUGAAGUCUAUGUGGUCAUCCUUGGAAGAUUGUGCGAGCAAUCGGGCAAGGUUGCAAAAGAAGCGACCGAUUGGUUGUUGUAUGCUGAAGAUGAUCGCAAAUUGAAUGUGCCAGUUACGACGACACUCUUGCAGUCUCGCUUGAUUGGAUUGAGGGAGCAAGAUCAACAGCUCGCAAAGCUCAUCCAGCGUGACAUGCGUCCAAUCGUGAUGGAAUUUACGGCCAAGCUCAUUCGGGAAUGUGUUAGCGGAGAUGGAGAACAUGCAUUCGCAACCCGGGCUGAUUUCCCGCAUUCCCUUGAUGCACUGUCGCGUGCUGCACAGGCAAACAAGGCACCCGAAGAGGCUCUUCGUUUGUUGGAAGAAUUCCAAGGCGUCGCACGUGGAGGAUCUCAUAGUAGCACCCCCUCCCGUUCCUCUGCGACUUAUUCAAACACCCAACUGGUUCUGUUGUCUGAACGUCUCGCAGUCCACUUUGACGAUUGGGUCCGAAUCUUCCAACGCUCCCCAUCGUCCGAAAAGGCGUUCGCUAAUUAUGUCAUGCAACUCACCAAUGAAGGGAUCCUCAAAGGAGAAGACAUUUCCUCGUUCUUCUUCCGUGUGUGCACCGAAACAAGCGUCGAACAAUGGACCAAGUACACCACUGCUGGUGAUUAUGGCACCGCUUACCAGCCCAUCGAUGCACUGUCUCGCUUGAUAGUGCUCAUGAUCAAGUACAAUGGGGAUGCUACGGACUUGCCAGCCAAGGUCCACUAUCUCACUAAAAUCUUGUCGAUCGUCGUCUUGGUCCUGGCCCAGGCGCACGAGUCCUCGGUCGAGUUCCCCCAGCAAAAGCCAUUCUUCCGGUUCUUCUCGAGCUUGCUGAAUGACAUUAACGGCCUCGAGGCCCAUCUACCCCUCUUCCCACUUCUCGUGGCCAUAUGCGAUACCUUCAACACCCUUCAGCCUAUCAAUUUCCCAGGAUUUGCCUUUUCUUGGAUGACUCUUAUUUCACAUAGACUCUUUAUGCCUAAGAUGCUGAGUUCCGAAAACCGCGAGGGAUGGCGCCCAUACCACCGUCUCCUUAUAUCUCUAUUCCGCUUCCUAGAGCCUUUCCUCCGAAACGGCGAGCUCCAAAAUCCGACACGGACAUUGUUCCAUGGCUCCCUGCGUUUGUUCAUGGUGCUCUUGCACGAUUUCCCCGAGUUCCUCAGCGAGUUUUACUUUUCGUUGUGUGAUGUGAUCCCAGCGCGCUGCAUUCAACUGCGUAACAUCAUCCUCAGUGCUUAUCCUCCCACGCUUCGCUUGCCAGAUCCCCAUCGCGAGACUCAACUCGAGUCCUUGUCCGACAUGGGCCCGAUCCCCCCGGUCCUAUCUGACUUUACGCUCGGCUUGCGCCACGGAGAUAUGCGCGCCGCCCUCGACCAGUGCUUGCUUGGACGUGGAUCAUCAGCUCUAGUCACCUCGCUCAAGGAGAACCUGAUGACCCAGCCAGCCAGCCCGAACGCGACCACAGGAGAUCACUACAACAUCCAAGCGCUAAAUGCGUUGGUCAUGUAUGUUGGCGUGUCUUCAGUCGCUCAAGCCAAAGCCCGUAAUGGGUCGCAUGUAUUUGUGUCAACUGAUCCAGGAGUGACGCUCUUGACCCAUCUGGCCAACGAGUUGGAUACCGAGGGUAUCUAUCACCUUCUGGUUUCGAUGGUGACUCAUUUGCGCUACCCCAAUGCCCACACGCACUGGUUUAGCUCGCUCCUGCUUCACAUGUUUGUCGAAGUCAAAAACAGCCGCCUUCAAGAGGUUGCCGCGCGUGUUCUUCUCGAGCGCCUCAUGGUCUUCCGUCCUCAUCCUUGGGGUGCUCUCGUCACAUUCAUUGAGCUCUUGCGUAACCCUCGCUAUGAUUUCUGGAACAAAGACUUUGUGCGCGUCGCUCCGGAAAUCAGCAUGCUCUUGGAUCGCGUGGCACAAUCGCCUGGGGUAGACGAUGUGCUGGCUUUAUUAUUGCUACUGGCUUCGAAUGAAGCACAACUCGCACUAAUAACUGUCACAUUCGGGAACACGGAAUUGAAGCAUGCGUACACAAAUGUGUUAAAAGUCUACCAAUUGGUCUUGGAUCAUUUGGAACGUUAUCCAGGUGAUCGAAACAGAUUUCCUAACCUCAAGUCAAAACCCAAAGUGUGCUCUGGGGCCACUGGACCGUUGUCAGGGGUACCUCAUCUAGCACAAUAUUUUCACGGGCCGGAUGGCCUCUCGGACAUCUCCACUACACACCCCGAGUUCAAUGUCCGAGAUCCUUCAGUUCUCUCCGAGGUAAUUGAAGAAUCUGAGACCGCAGCAGAAGAUGCUAUCAUCGAGUUGUUAUCAGAAAGCCCCGAGGAUAGUGUUACGGUGGUAGCCGUGGGGCCAUUGACCAAUAUCGCUCGAGUCUGGGUCAAGAAUCCAACUGCACUCCGGCGUGCUAGGAGAAUUGUUGUAAUGGGUGGAGCGUUGGAUGUCCCAGGAAACACAUCGGCCACCGCUGAGUUCAACUUUUUUGCCGAUCCCCAGUCCGCCGCGAUGAUUAUGGAUGCUGCCAAGUCUGAAAGCAUCAACCUAUUGCUUGCUCCUCUCGAUAUUACAACCCAACACGGUAUUCCAUACACGCAUUUAAUUCACCCCAACCUACUCUCCGGGCCUCUUGUAAAUGGGUCGGAAUUACUGCAGACAAUGACUCCCCUGCGGGCAUUUACGUCUGCCUUCCUCUAUCGUGUUCGACGUGUCACUCGGGAACUUGGUAUCCCUGAUGUGUUCGAUAUGCAUGAUCCCUUAGCUGUUUGGGCAGGUCUGGUUCAUGCAACCUUACCUCGAAAUGCGCCAUUGUUAGAAGGUUGGGGAGUAGAGAAAAGGGACUUUGUAAUCGAGUGUGCAGGGCAAUACACAAAGGGCAUGUGCGUUGUGGAUAGAAGAGGUACUACAGACGAAACAGGAGGUGUGAGAUCGAUAGAUGGCGUUCAAGGGGUUGAUAAAGCCAAGACCAAGCCCGCUUUAGGUGUCAAGGUUCUAACAUCUACACCUGGAUUGGGAGCACUUGAUACAGGAACCGCACCUCUGCCAAGUACAGUAACCCCUCUACACAAGAUCAUUCAUGGUUCAAUUCGAGCAAAGGGCCCCAUAUCCGUCGCCCAGUAUAUGCAAAUGUGUCUCUCUCACCCCGUUGAGGGCUAUUACAUGAAGGGCGAACCUAUUGGAGCGCAGGGAGACUUCGUUACCAGCCCAGAGAUAAGUCAGCUUUUUGGAGAGCUUGUAGGAAUUUGGUUGGUUUCUCAAUGGCUUGAACGUGGUAUGAAUCGACCUAUACAAGUGGUCGAAUUGGGUCCUGGAAGGGGGACAUUGAUGGACGAUAUGCUACGGACCAUCGAGUCUAUUGGGCAAACUCGUGGUCGAGUUCAAGCCGUUCAUCUAGUUGAAACGAGCGCUAAGUUGCGAGAAGAGCAAAAGAGUAGACUCAGCGCCCGAAUUCCUGCAGAAUUAUUGCAUUGGUACGACCGGAUCGAAGAUGUUCCAAAUAAUGCGGACGUGUACACCCUUCUUGUCGCGCAUGAAUUCUUUGAUGCAGUUCCUAUUCACAUUAUCAAGAAAACUCCGGGUGGAUUCCAGGAGAUCUUGGUUGAUAUUGAUAGAACAGCGCAAAUAUUAUCAGAUUCCUCUCCUUCCCUAGUGAAUAACCCAUCUCUUCUCGCAAACAACUCGCCCGCAAAGCCUCAGUCCCCUGGGUUUCGUUACGUCCUAUCGGGCCAAUCGUCCCCUCUUGCACGUACUCUAGGCGAAUCCUCCGCCAGAUUUUCUCAAGUUCCAGAAGGACAUAGGAUCGAAGUGUCCCCUUCCUCGUGGGCCAUUGUGCGUGGCGUUGGCGAUUUGAUUGGCAAAGGCGGAGGAGCCGGGUUGGUGAUUGACUAUGGGGAUGAUAGAGCGUUUGGAGCUUCGUUUAGAGGAUUCCAUAAACAUAAACUUGUGGACGUCUUUCAUCAACCCGGUUUUUGCGACCUAACCGCUAACGUUGACUUUGCGUAUCUAAAAGAAGCACUCAAGUUCACAUGUAAGUCGUCUUCUACUCCCUCCCUCCUGUGA